UAACACCGRGGCCGCUUMCGGUUGGUGAGGACACGUCACUGAUUGAAGUGAAGAAGAGGAGUGUGCUAACCUCAGUCUAGAUUUUUUUUUAAAUAGAAAAAUCAUGUCGAACUCAGUCGUGUCUGUUAUAUCCCGGUUUCUGGAGGAGUACACCACCACGACGCCCAACAAGCUGAAAGUGGUGGACGCUUAUCUGCUGUACAUCCUGCUAACCGGAGCGAUGCAGUUCCUCUACUGUCUCCUSGUUGGAACCUUUCCUUUCAACAGCUUUCUGUCGGGUUUCAUCUCCUGCGUGGGCUCUUUUAUUCUUGCAGUGUGUCUUCGCAUCCAGAUCAAUCCUCAGAACAAAGGGGAUUUCCUGUCCAUUUCUCCGGAGCGGGCCUUCGCCGACUUCCUGUUCGCUCACACCGUCCUGCAUCUCGUCGUGAUGAACUUCAUCGGCUGAAACCAA